AUGAACGACCGUGAGACAAACCUGGCGUGGAAUUUAAAAAGAUAUUUCGAUCAUGACGGCAGGUACUUUCUGGAGAGUUAUAUCGGGUCCGGCGCUCAAGCUACGGUUUUCAAACUGAGAACACGGGACUCCGAUAAUCAAGGGACCGAUCGCUUCGUUAUUAAGAUUCCUUGGACUGCAGAACUACAAUGGGACAGUUUUCAUACCAUAAGCGAGGUGGAAGCUAUGAAGACUUUCCGCGGCGCUGCACACGUUGUUCAGUUAUUAGAGACUACGGCAGACCAAGAUCCUUUGAAGAAGGAGAAUGUACCAGACGCGACGAAACUCCCAGCGAACCGCUGGAUAUAUACUAUGGCCUCGCCAGGCGGUCCGAUGGAGUGGUUGGAAAAUGGGACGCUUGCUGGUUUCAUGGAGCGGGCACAGAAGAAGGGGCAUCCGCUGCCAAACCGAAUUCUUUGGAGGCUUUUCAUGUGUCUUGUCCGGAUGUGCAUAGCAUUUGCUUGGCCAGAUGCACACGAUGAAUCCAAAGUUGAACUUGAAGAUCCCCGCGACGAGGUACCCAGAAGUAUCUGCUAUAACCCUGACAUAGGCAGUGGCAAUCUUGUAUUUGGACCCUUCGUACCAGACGACAUCAAUCUAGAACAUCGCCUGACUCCUGUUCUAAAGAUGAUUGACCUGGGUCUGGUGGAGCGACGAGAUACUCCACACAAGAAAGCAUGGAGCAAGCUAGUAAGCAUGUCUAUACGGUUGAUAGGUGAGCAAAUGUUCAUGAUCAAUGGAGUCGGUCGUGGCGCUGAUCCAGACCCAACCUUGGAUUCGGACCUCGAAAAAAUAGUCAGCUGGUGCAUGUCAUCAAGCGAGGAUGACCGUCCCCAGCUUUUAGAGUUGGCGAUUUGGGUCUCCAACGCAGUUAAGGGGCGGGAUGCUGCUUGGUACAGGGAGCAGAUGCCAGGCCCUGCGAAUGACGGGGAAGAAGACGAAUCCAUACUCAAUCUCGUUCAUGAGCUCAUCAUCAAUGCCAACACGGCACCUGAGUAA